AUGGCUGUCCUGCCAAGCCGUGUGCGUGAGGGACCAAAGCUUCCUCAGGCUGCACCGAGCCCGCCCAAGCGGGAGAGGGAGAGGGAGAAGGAGGAACCCGAGCAGUCCAUCAAGGCUGUCGUUGAGCAGCAGCUGGAUUUGCAGCACCAGCUUCAGCAGCGCAGCUCCCCGAAGCAGUCGCCAAAGCAGUCACCUAAGCAGUCCAAGCUGCUUUCUGCGCCUUCUCCGGAUGUCGAGGCUGAGAGAAGGCAGAAGUCCACGGCAGCGGGGCGAUCGAGGGAGCAGACGAUCCAGGAAAUUAUCCAGCAGCAGCUUCUGUUGCAGGAGCAGCUGCGGCCGCAGCUCGAGCAACCUGCCGGAGGUCCGGUGAGCAGUUUGCAGUUGGAGCAUCAGCCGAGCUGGAUGCAGACGCCCUCUGGGAGCGAGCGGGAGGACACGUCGACGGUCGGGAUGGUGCACGUGCAGCCCAAGCCGACUUUGGGGGACUUCGAGGAGCAAGUCAGCCAGGACACAGGCUGUGGCAUCGAAGCGAUGCUGUCAAGCACCCUGCCGAGGAGUCCUGUGCGCCAAUCCUCGGAGUCGAGUCGAAGCCACCGGUCUUCGCGCCGCCGCGUGGACCUCCGCGUGGACUUGGAUGAUGGCGAGACCGUUUGGAUUCGCGACAUCUCGCGUGAGGCCACGGCCGAGAGGUUGAAGCAGCGGCUUCAGCAGUCUGGAGUGCCGGUGCAGGGCUUGACGCUGACCUUUCUCGGCCUUUCACUCAAGGACCAUUGGCGCCUGGCUGACUGUGGUAUCAAGGACUGUGACGCAGUGAAGGCCACCAUGCAACCAGAUGGCGGCCUCGGCGGACAUGCAAGUCAAGAGGUGAGUGUGAGAUCUGACAAGGGGCGGCCACUUCGUGGGAGCUCAGCUGGCAGCUGCAGUACAGGCCGUCACGGGGCGGGCCCCUUGCCGAAGCCGAGAGGUACCGUGGAAGCGGGAGAAGAAGCGGCUUUGGCAUUGGGGCUGGUGCCGGUCGUGACGAGUUUGGAAGCAAGCCCCGGCCCCGAAAGCCGGGAGCGCUCGACCUGGGAAGGUCCUCACCCGGAAGGCAGCGCACUCCCGUCGUUGGCCGCUUCCCCGGUGCAGAUCUCGGAGAGCGCCCGACCGCCAAGCGUGAGCGGUUCGAAGGUCGCCACUCGCGAGAGCACGUAUCAGGCGGAGAAGGACGACACGCUGAAUUUUCUGACCGAGUUGCAUCGAGACGUGUACAGAAAGCCGGAAGCAAGCGAAGGGCGGCCAGGCGAGUCUGAAGGGUUUAGGUUGCUGCAGUCGCUGCGGAGAGAGAGCCGGAGCCAUUCGGAGUGCGAGCCGAAGCCGGCAUCCACGCUGCAGGCUUCCCCAGAUUCUCCCAGCCCCGUCCAAAAACUUGACGACGACCUCGUGGUCUUACAGGAACAGCGUCACGACCAGAUUCUGACAUCCAUGCAUCUCCAAGAAGAGAACAUUCAGUGCCUGCGAGAUCAGCAGCGGGGUCUAUUGCGGGAGCUCCAGACCGCACAGGAAGCACAGCAGCAGACGAGCGCAAAGCAGCACUCAGAGCUGCGAGACAUGAGAGACGAUUUGAGGCUGCUCCUCUCAGGCCAGCAGGAAGUUCACCAAGACCUGACUCGUCUGCAGCAACGCGUUGAGCAAGGAAGUCGAGCUACACCAACUCACCCAAAAGGGCCCGAAUUUGUCGCCGAGCCGGUGCCGUCCAUGCAGUUGAACUCGCCCCUCCGGCAGCGCGAGACCUUGUCGGCUCGCAGGUCGUCAGACAUUCCUAGCAGCCGUCGCUGGUUGAUACGGCAAGUGUUCCGGAUGCUGGACGUGGAUUGUGAUCAGCGGCUGACGAAGGUGGAGCUGAAAGGCUUAGCGGACCUCAUGGGAUUUGAAGGUGCAGAGGCUGACUGGCUGCAGGAAUACCGACUUCUGUGUGCCGACAACCAUGUAGAUGAAGGCCUUGGCUUUGACCUCGAGGGCUUCGUGGCACUUCUGGAAAAUCCGAAAGGGUGUCCAUCAACGACUGACUCGCUUUUCAGGGCGCUUUUGGACCUUCGAUGCACUGGGGACGAGGACCGGGAGCGUGCUUCGCUGGUGAUCCUCCUUUUCGAAGCACUGGACCGUGACGAUGACGGCUUUGUGGGCGUACAGGAACUCUGGCCGCUGGCGUCAGCCACAGGCUUCAAUGGCUCGGAUGAUGACUGGGAAAGGGAGUACCGGCUACUUUGUGAGGACCUGCCAAACACCAAGGAGUUACUUCGGAGGGGCCUGGACUUGCCGACAUUCGGCCGGAUGCUUGCGGACACAUCAGGGAGCGGCUUGCUUUGCUCCGUUCCCCAACUCCAAAAAUUCCUGGCUGACUUCACCCGCACUCGCGGGAGUGGCAAAGGGAUUGUCCCAAGAUCCCACGUUGGAAGUCAAAGUCUGCCUUUGGCAAGCGACGAGCUGCCUCUGAAGGUGCCCAAUGUGCCCAGUGGUGCAAAAGCCAGCGGGAAGAGUUUACAGCCGGGCAAGGAAGUGCAGGCCGUGGAGGACCACAGCGAGAACAGAAAGAGCAAUGGCACUUCGGGACUUCCGGUUGCCAAGUCAAGGAGCAGACUCAUUCGAACGGUCUUUCAGCUGAUGGAUGCGAACUCUGAUGGGGUUCUAGAUUCUGAGGAGCUUUUCGUGUUCGCGAGCUUGAGUGGCUUCAAAGCGGGCAAGGCAGCCUGGGAGCUGAAGUACCGACGCCUCUGCGAACGACGGAGUCUGGUGCCUGAGGCGGGCAUCGGCGCGCAGACGUUCGCAGCCCUAUUGGAGGAUUCUAGCGAUGCUGGCCUCUAUUGCGCUGAUGCAGAACUGCACAACAUCAUCCAUACACAACGGCGCCCGGCGAGCGAUGAGGCAGAAAGUCGAAGGCCGAGCACCAGCAGUGAGCAGGUCCCGGCACUAGAACGUCCACGCCUGAUCAACGCCUUGUUCUGGUACCUUGAUGUUGACAAGGACGGCCUUCUGCAAGAGCAUGAGCUUGAGGGCCUCGUGAGCCAGCUGGGCAUUGACACCGUCGAGUGGCCGAAGGCAUUUCAGCAAAUCUGUGCCAAAUAUGAUGUCAACGCCAUCGACCUGGAGCAUUUUCAGCUCUUGCUGGAUGACCGUAGCGAGGUCACCUACUGCGAGCCGGAGAGCUUGCACAGCAUUCUGGCAAGGUUCAGCCGUGGCCCCGCACGCGGGUAG